AUGGAUUCGCAAAUUGGCGAAGUGGACAUAUUCCAGCAAUGCAAGUACAUUCACGAAGUACGUUUUUUUAAGGAUGAACCAGUGCAAGACGGAUAAUAUUUAGGUGGAACUGGUGAAUAUGAAAUUGCAAAUGCGAAUAUUGGAGACGCACAUUGAGACGAAGGACAGACUUCUGAGAAACUUAGAAGAUAUUAUCGAUGAGCAGGAAUCGCGCAUCGCCAAUAUGGAGGAUUUUAUUCAAGGUGGGUUUUGUGCAUGAUUUCCCCGUUUUUUCGUUCGUUGUGGUGGUCGGAUUGGCAUGAUCUUUGAUGGUGAACUUUUGUUCUUGGUUUGAAUAUUUCGUUAUUGUAAUUCAAUAUCAUUACAUUCCAAUCCGGCCGAUGAAAACCAUUUUUUAAUUUUUGGAACGCACUCACUGAUAGCUUCUCUAAUAACUUUCUAACCCGGCAAUGGAAAGUGAUAUUGAGUUGCAGGUCGUGCCACGUCAUACACACGAAGAUCCGAAAUGCUCAAGGGAAUUUCAGUGCUCUCUCUUGACUUUGGCACGCUUUCCGAGGAGAAUCUGCGGCUGAAAAGCGCAUUGAGCCAGAUGCAGAAGACGGCGAGAGUGAACGAGUUGCUGGAGACGGAUGAGGAUUACGAGAGUGACAUGACGAGCAACGAGGACCGAUUCGCGUUGAGGUGAGUGCCCGAUCUUGUUUCGUGGAUGUUUCCCGAGUCGUGACUGCAUGCUCAUGACGUGUCUGUCGUUUCCAGCCGUGACUCGUCAUGUUCGGUUCGCAGGUCCGCGAGUCCCCAACCGACUGGUGACGUCAUCAAACCGUACCCUCAAAUGGUGCAGUCAAUGAGAGAAGAAGGGCAGUGGAAGAAGCUGCAGAGGUGCGCGGAAGAGCUAAAGACGGAGAAGGACGAGCUGCGGAGACUGGCGGUCGACACGAAGGACGCGUUCAACGUGUGCAUGGCCGAGAUGAAGAUGAUGCUCACCUCGAAGACCACCGAUUUCUUCCGCGUGCUCAUCGAGCGCUACAAAGCGGAAAUGGAAAAGAGGAAGCAGCUGCACAAUCAGCUGGUCGAAUUGAACGGAAACAUCCGUGUCUUCUACCGUAUCCGUCCCCAACUGUCAUCGGAAUCCGACGGCCAGAAGCCGGUGAUUGUCAUCGAUGAGCUGGAUAAUGGAGUCGUCCACGUGUCCAACACAUCAGGGACCAAGAAGACGAGUGCGGGGGCGGACAAAGUGAUCCCGACGGGAUUCUCUCAAGAGCAGAUAUUCGAUGAGGUUUCCCCGAUCAUCACCUCGUGCAUCGACGGCUACAAUGUCUGCAUUUUCGCGUACGGACACACUGGAAGUGGUAAAACGUACACGAUGGAAGUGAGUUCUUUGACCAAGACUCAACGAGAACUUCAACAUUUCAGGGACCAGUGGAACUUCCUGGAAUCAACCAAAGAGCCAUAAUGCAACUGUUCGAAACUGCAAAGGAAAGAAAUGGAGAUGUGAAGUACCGUAUAAAGGUGUCAAUGAUGGAGAUUUACAAUGAAAAAAUACGGUACGGAAAAGGAGAAGCUCUGUCUGAUAGGUAAUCGUCCAAUUUCAGUGAUCUGUUGAACACCAACAACACCAACCUGGCAAUCCGUCAGACGGAAGACGGAAAAGGGGCGAUUCCGGGUCUCGAAGAGAUUACCGUAUCCUCUGCACAAGAAGUGACCGAGACUCUCGCACGCGGACGCAAGAAUAAGGUGAGCUCAAUUCAAAAGUUGCCUGGAAUAUGCAUCAAUGUUUCCAGGCAGUUGCUGCCACAGAAGCGAACAUCGAAUCGAGUCGUUCCCACGUGAUCGUCCGAGUUCUCGUGUCAGCCACCAAUCUGAUCACAAAAGCAACUACAGUCGGUCAGUUUGAAGUUUCCCUGUCUAUCAAUCGUCUGUGUUUCUAGGCCGAUUGAACCUAGUGGAUUUGGCCGGUUCGGAGAGAGUUUCGCAGACGAACGCGACGGGACAACUGCUGAAAGAAGCACAAGCCAUCAACAAAUCGCUGUCCGAACUGGGAAAUGUGGUGCUGGCUCUUCGUCAGAAUCAGAAGCACAUUCCGUUCAGAAACUGCCAACUUACCAGAAUUCUAGAGGACAGUUUGAGUAAGCGCUCAGUGCAUUCCACCCCCAAUCCAACCAAUUUCACUUCAGAUGGAGACAGUAAGACCCUCGUGAUUGUGCACCUUUCUCCAGAUGCCAAAGUCUGAACGAGUCCAUCAGCAGUGUGAACUUUGCCGAAAAGAUCGGACAGGUCGGCGAAUCUUUUGAAUUUCAAUAAGCGAUCCUCUUGAUUCCAGGUUUUCACAAAGAGCGGAACGAUAAAAAGAGAGCCGACUCGUCGGAGUAUGACCGGGAUCAGCAGCGGUCAACGAAGAGAGAUCCCGGCUUCUCCUCGCAAAUAA